AUGUGGAAGAGAGAUCGGCUCUUCCUCGGCUCUGCUCACGGUUGGAUCAUCACCAUCGAUGUCCGCCUCUUUGUGCAACUGCUGAACCUGAUCAUUGGCGCGCAGAUUGACCUCCCUCGCGCCCUCCUCUCUGAGUCCGCCCGCCCCAUCCACGACAUUGGAAGGCACCUAAUGGGCUUCAUGAUGCCGAUACCAGGGGAGGAAGUGGAGAACAGCAUCACCUCAAAGCCGUCCUACACCCGCUCCGGCGACGCAAAAUGGUUCGACCUAAGGAACUCCAUUUCAGUUGAAAAUAUAGUCUUCCAUAAAGGUAAACUGUAUAUGAGCACACUUUCGGAAGUGUGUGUUUGUGACUUAGACGAGGCCCAAAUUCAACAUGGCGAAAUGCGAGCUUUAUAUCGUCAACACCUACACUACUUUCUUGAGACUCCUCAGGGAGAUCUUUUCAGUAUUUGGUGGGAAAAUUUUAGGAAUACCAUCUCUAUCAAGGUUUACAGGGGGAUGGAUGAGGAAAAGCCAAGUGAAAGAUUAGAGACAGCCAUAGACUUGGGAGAGUUUAUUAUCCCCUUAGACGACGAUAAGGUGGUGGUGGACAAAAAUAUGAGAUUAGAAGAAGCGAAGGACUUGGGAGACUUCAUUGUCUUCUUAGGCGGCCGCAACCAACUUUGCCUUCCUGCUUGUGAUUUUCCACUUAUGACGCCUAAUGCUAUAUAUAUUACCGAUGACUUUGAACGUCGAAUUCUACGUCGAGAGUUUGGCAAAGAUUUUCUUCGAAUCUUUAACGGAGGAUAUUGUCACCGGUUUUAUUCUUACACACGGCCAAUGAUUUUGGAACGAAUGUGGUUCACAAAAAUACUGAAUUGUCCGAUUUCCUUUAGCAUCGACAAGCCUUUCCUCCGAUUAUACUGGCAGCCUCCCUCGAGCUCCAUUAAACAGUAA